AUGAUCGAGCGAAGCUCAGAUGAACGUCAGGAUUUCAUCACAAGUCUUGCGACAGAAGAAGGACUUGCUGUUGUUCGACAAAUCGUUGAGACCGAGUUUGCCAAGUCAUAUAGUGUCCUUGGUCUAAUGUUUCAGGUUCACGGUAUCCUCUUUCUUCAGCUUAUCACGAAUGACAGACUUUUGUCAUCCCUUGCGCUCGAACGUCAAGUGGGAACCAUUUAUAACGUGAUCUAUGGGCCCAGUGGACGUCGUGCUGUUACAUUUUUCACUCAAGUGACAGAGCAUGUUAUUCGCAUGAGGCCUGAAUCAAGCACUGCCAAUGAGAGGUCAAUGAGCAAUGACGUGUCUGAUUUCGAAGAAACACUGCUGCUUGUUGCGAAAGCUUUUCUUACCACCUUGACCUUGAACCAAGAGGCUGCCAUUCAAACUGCUUUUGCGCCUAUUGUUGAAAGUCUUUGCACCUGUUAUAAAGACGAAGAUAUCUUCAGUGGCGUUGCCUCUCAUAGCUUGCAGUGGGUCCAUGACAACAUCAUAAAGCUGAAAGAUGUCUUGUCCAUGGGCGAGUCGCUCAAUCGCGCCACAGCCGUAUCUUUUCAUCAUGAUACCCAACACAAGCUACCCAAGGCCAAAGAGUUUCAAGUCGACUUACCAGGCGAGCUAUCUGCUCAUGGGCCUCGACACGACAAUGAUCACGCCUCUAUCCCACACAUCCGCCUGCUCCCAACCAUAAACGAAAUCUUUUCUCUCGAGCGAGCAGAGUUUCUCCCAGCGAGAGAUCCGGUAUUCGAUACAUUGGACCAACAUGAGACUGGUAUUCGUCGGCUUCUCGAUAACCAGUUCCGCCUGCUGCGUGAGGAUACCGCUGGCUUGCUCCGCGACUCAAUUCGGUUGAUUCUGCACAACUGGGAUGUCCUCGUGCACCAGCCAGAUUGGCGCUUGAAGCGAAGGAUCCUUCGUGGCAGUGACAUCACGCCUGCGCGUAUCUAUCUUGGGGUGAAUGUCCGGCAGGUCCGAGCGGGUGGAAAGAAGGGCAUUGAAGUUGAUCUCGAAUUUGACCAGCCUUCAAGACUGAAAGCCAUGAGCCCAGCCCGACGCAAGCAAUGGUGGCAGAACUCUCAAGCCUUGAAGGAGAGUCCGGUGGUUCUUGCUCUAGUCGACGGUGAAGAUCACACAAACGUCUCUGUGACUUUCUUCCAGGUUGCUAAGAGAGAUCUAAACCUCAACGCCACUCCACCUGCUUCACGAGAAAAUAUGCCCACACCCGUCCAUGGUCUCGUUGCGAGUGCUACACGCGCUUCGAUCAGCCUCAGAUUGACGAACCACUUUCAUGAAACGGAGCUCACAAAUGUUUUCGACUUUGCACGCUUCAAGACCAAUAAAAAGCCGCUUUUGUUAGCCGAGUUUCCAGCUGUGCUUUUGAACUCAUUUGACGGUGUCUUACAAUGCUUGCAAGCUCAGUAUGCACGCCCAGAGCAUCUACCGUUCGCCACCUGGAUUGUCUCUCGUCCAGAUUGGAAUUCCCGGAAGCAGAUUGCGUCGAUUGAUCCCGUGGAACAAUAUGUUACCGUGCCCCCGCCUGCCUAUCUUGAUCUCCACAAGUCUCUGGAUCUAUCCUCCCUUUUUGGAGACCCAAUCGCGGAUGACAGCACCGAAACAAGCAGAAGCAGCGAUGACCCUACCCCAUUCUUCUCUCUCCAAGACGACCCAGCGUGGGUAGCAAAUGAGCUUGCGAACACAACAAGCCUCGAUAAGGGUCAGGCGACGGCGUUAGUCUGGGCCCUCCGCCGUGAGAUUGCACUCAUACAGGGACCGCCGGGAACAGGAAAGUCAUACGUCGGAAUACAGCUGGCCAAGUGCCUGUCAUCUAAUAGGGACUUGCUUGACCUUGGUCCGAUAUUAUGUGUAUGUUACACUCCCCACGCGCUCGAUCAAUUUCUGCAAGGUCUCCUCAAUGCAGGAAUUGCAAGCAUCGUGCGCCUUGGCCCGCGAAGCGCAUUCCCACACUUGGAAGCACUAUCUAUCGACAGUUACAAACAGGCUGAUCGAGGGCCAUUUAUCCGAGCUUAUAAUAAUCAGCGGAAGUCCCAUCACGAUAAACUCAAGGAAAUUUCGGCGGAACUCGAACAAGUAUGCAGAUCGAUGGAGACCGGUGGCAUGGAGAUGACGCUGUGGUUCGUCAAGAAGCGCUUCCCUUUUGAAGCAGAACGUAUCACAGCUGUCGAUCCCGACCGAAGUGAGGUCGAGGCUUUCAGGCUUUGGACACAAGGUGAUGAUGCUAGUGCUUGGGUGGAGAUCGAUGGGCCGCGUUCUCCCGAAGAACUCUUGCAGGCCGAUGUGUGGACACUCUCGCCGACAGAACGCAUGCGCUUGCAUGACUUUUGGCAUGAGGGAGCACGCGAUGAACUUCGGAAAGUCUUCUCGUCCUUAGUGAAAGCAUAUUACAGGCAGAAACAGAACUUAACCGCCAUAUAUCACGCGGCCGAAGCUCGCAUGCUGCAAGGAUUCCAAGUCAUAGGUGUCACGACGACGAUGUUGGCGAAUCUCUCGUCCCAAAUUCGUGGCGUUCAGGCUAAAAUCUUGAUUUGCGAGGAGGCUGGAGAGGUACUCGAAUCGCAUGUCCUGACCGCGCUAUUGCCAUCGGUGCAGCAUGCCAUUCUGAUCGGAGACCACCUUCAGCUUCGUCCACGGAUCAGCACCCUCAGACUUUCCAUGAGUUAUGACCGUGAAGGAGCAAAAUACGGCCUCGAUGAAUCACUGUUCGAGCGACUCGCGAAUAGCCAUUUUGGAGGCAAUGAUGGCGACGAAGAACAGACGGGAGGGCGUCGAUUCCCUGUUACGCAGUUGAAUGUCCAGCGACGCAUGCAUCCCUCGGUUGCUAAUCUAGUUCGCGAGACGCUCUAUCCGAAGUUGCAAGAUCACAUUUCCACAACUAUGUAUCCUGCUGUUGCGGGAAUGAAGCACCGACUAUUUUGGCUUGACCAUCGGAAUACAGAAGAUGAUGGUGACCCUUCAGAUCCCAUGUAUAGCAAGACUAAUACAUGGGAAGUUCACAUGGUGAUAUCGCUCGUAAGGCAUCUUCUGAGACAAGGAAAGUAUGGUCCUGGCGAGAUUGCUGUUCUGACACCAUACGUCGGACAAUUGAGAAUGCUUAAGGAUAUUCUUGAACAGGAGAUGACCCUUAUAAUUGGUGAGAGAGAUACUGAAGGACUGGGUGAGGCGGAGGUUACAGAAACAGCCAAUGAGCCUAGCGGUCGUGGUGAAAGAUGGCUCCAGGGACAACGUGUCGUGAGCAAGGGUAGCUUGCUUGACGCUCUGAGACUGUCAACGGUUGACAAUUUCCAGGGCGAGGAGGCAACCGUUGUUAUUGUUUCCCUGGUCCGAAGCAACAGGUUCAGAAAUUGCGGUUUCCUUAAGUCACCGAACCGCAUCAAUGUUCUACUAAGUCGUGCAAAACAUGGCAUGUACCUCAUUGGCGAUGCAAAUACGGCCUCAACAGCGCCGAUGUGGGCGUCUGUCAUCGAGCUGUUCGAAAAGAACGAGAACAUUGGACCGUAUCUCGAGCUCGACUGCGAGCGCCAUCCCCACAAUGCCAUGCAGGUCUCGUGUCCCGAUGACUUCUCCGUCAAGUCCCCGGAGGGUGGUUGCGCGGAGACAUGCGGCUUGCGACUGAACUGCGGGCAUACUUGUGUGGUUAAAUGCCACUCAUCCAAACAGCACAACGCAGUCAAAUGCCUUCAAAAGUGCUAUCGAAUGAGCCGGUGCGGUCAUCCAUGCGCGAAGAAGUGCUACGAGCCAUGUGGCCCAUGUACCGCCCUUGUCUGCAACGUCAUGCUACCUUGUGGACAUAGGAUUGACAAGGUUGAAUGCCCACGCAUGAACAGACUUGACACUGUGCAAUGCACAGCAGAGCUUGUCGUCAAAUUGCCCUGGUGUGACCACAGCUUCAAGGUUCAAUGCCACGAGAAGGGGAAACCCAUGAAGUGCUCCCUUCAGUGUGGUCUGGAAUUACCAUGCGGGCAUAGUUGUCAGAAACUAUGCUCCUCCUGUCGAGUCCAGAGGAAGGAAGUGACUGUCCUUGAUCAUGGUAGAUGCAUUAGUGUCUGUCGCAAGGGCUUCACAAAUUGCGCGCAUUCCUGCGACCGUAUAUGUCAUCCUGCAACGGCAUGCUUGCCUUGCCGCCGCCCUUGUGAAGUACACUGCAAGCAUAGCCGUUGUUUUAAAACGUGCAAGGAACCGUGUCCUCCGUGCGCAGAGCUAUGUGACUCUGGCUGCGAACACCGCGAAGCUUGCAAGCUCCCCUGUGCCGUUCCAUGUGAAAACAAUCCAUGCAGUCGACGUUGCGAGAAGAGAUUGAAGCCGUGUGGACAUCAGUGCCCGGGAAUGUGUGGAGAGCCAUGUCCACCUUCGCAGUUCUGUCAAAUCUGUGCUCCACACGAAGUCCUGCAACAGCAGGUUGACCUUAUGGAGUUCAAGACCUACAGAGAGAUUGACCUGAAUGCAUCGCCCCUAAUUUUUCUCCCGUGCAACCACUUCUAUACCGUUGCUUCCCUGGAUGGACUUUUAAGUAUGAAUGAUUAUUUCAAUAUUGAUGCGUCUACAGGCGAGAUUAUUGGAGCUAAGCCUGCACAUUGGGAGAUGAUGCCCGGAUCAGCGCUGAAGGGCUGCCCAGAGUGCCGUCGCCCCCUCAGAGACAUCAACAGAUACAGUCGUAUCUUGAAAAGAUUUCUGCUGGACGAGUUUACCCGCAAGUUCGUCACAUUGGCCAGUGCACAGCAUGCCGAGCUCGCAGACAAGAUUGUUCGCUUCGAGAAGCAAGUUGACGAUUCGCGGACCGAGUUCCUCAAGUAUUGGAUCCAUGAGGCUGGUGGAUUGAAAAGCAACGACCAAGCCAGAGGCGCAGUACAAGCUUAUCGAGGUGCAGGGAUUGGCCUGGUAAAGAAGGUGAAGGAAUACGUCAAGUCUGUUGCGACCGCGGAACAGCCGCUAGGCAAGUUGAACGACAUGCUCGCGUCUGCCAUUUCACGCCAAAACGAAACUACAAGCACAAAGCCCAUCGCUAAUAAAUCCGCCAUACAAACUGGGUUCGGCCUGCGUGGGCAGGUCCUCGGGCUCAGACUCGGCUGGGUCGUACUCCGCGAUUGGGAUCACAUUUGCAGCAACCGGAACGUGGAUCACCGCAUCCGUAAUAACCUAGUCCAACUAACGGCCAGUCACAUCAAGUCUCUGAUUGAAAAGUGUCUUUCGCUGAAGCAGACCACCAUGAAGGCUAAUCUUCUGCAAGAACGAGUCGAAGCUGGGAUCUACUUUGCUCUGUUUUCCAUGCUUUCGUUGAGCAACAUGCGGGCACUCGGCAAGACUGUUGAGUUGGACACCGAGAACAAGAUCCGCCAGCGUGCCCAAGACGACCUUGCGUUCUGUGAGAGAUUGUGCACCAAGUCGCCGAAGCUCUUGGGCUAUCUGAUGGAGGAUAUCAAAGACGCACGGAGGACUAUCAAUGAUGGGACGUUCUAUGCUUUGGUGACUAGCGAGGAGAAACGCCAGGUGUACAGAGCGAUGGCGGAGCAGUUCGCAGGAACGGGGCAUUGGUACUAUUGCCAAAACAAUCACCCAUUCACCAUUGGCGAAUGCGGCAUGCCCAUGGAGGAGGCCCGUUGUCCCCAGUGCGAGGCCCCAGUUGGAGGGUUGAACCAUCAGCUCGCUGAAGGCGCGAGACCAGCCGAGGAUAUGGACCGGGAAUUUGGCGAGACAGAGCUCACCGAGCAGGACAUCAGGGAAGGGAUGAUAAUGGAGGAGCUGAGAGAAGAAAUGGUGGCCGGUGGAGUGGAAGGAAAUCUGAUCGAGAUGUAAAUCAGACGACGAAGAAACACACGGUACUGUUUUGGAGGAGGUGAUCAAAGAACGACGGUCAUGAAGAAUGGGAUAGUGGAACAAAUUGCAAAAACGUGUGACUUACUUUGGAAGGUAGAAUGAAUCAACAGUGCUGAGGAUUUGUCGUGCCCCUCCAUCCCUCCUCCAUCCUAC